CCAGGAAGAAACAGGCUUCUUUAGCCCAAUGUUAUUAUAUUAGUGUAACGGCCAUUGAAAUGCGUAUUUUGUGUAUCGGUAAAUAUUAAGUGACAGGUAGUAGAAAAGCAGUAAAACUAAAAGCAGUAAACGUGUGUGUUUUGAUAAGUGCAAUAUUGUUUAGUGAACAAUAAAGGCUAAACUAAUGAUACGAUAAAAUCCGGUUAUCAAUACUACAGCCUAGAACAAUCCUAGUGCAUUUUUUAUCUCGUUUCCACCGCAGACACCUGGCGCCACCCUGGUCCCGAGCGCAUCGUGAUCACGCAAAUCGCUGUACUACAGGCGUCAUGGCAGCUGUUCGAUUCCACGUAUGGCAGUAAUGGUCACCGCAACAACAAACGACGACGGCACGCUGUCGAUGAGGUCGUGAUGGAUGGCAAGUUUCGAGUGGUCGAGCCCGCGUUCACCCAGUGGUUGCCAUAUUGCACGGAUGUGUGCCUGCACUCAUCGUCAGUCUAGUGUCGUCGCGGCAGAACGACCACGGCAGUCAGUAGGAUCUUCUUUCGUGCCCAAGUUGGUCAAUGGGCUACAGGGAACGCCACGCGAGUUGUAACUAAAUACGGUGCGAAGGUUCAUCUUUUUUUGGGGUGAAAACUAAACCGCAGAGUGGUCCAGAAUAAGAACUGUCCGUGGAAUAUGCUGGUGUGUUUGUGGAUGUUUAAGUACUGUUUCACCUUGUCCUGCACAGCAUUCAACUCCUGCUGUUGGAUGGUUCGUACUCUUUCUCUCGCUCUCUCUCUCCUUCUAGAGAGAUCCGUGUCACACGAGUCACGCGCGAUACGUGAUAUCUUCAUCAGCAGGCGAAUAAAGAAUUUAUAAUCUCUGCCAGUUAGUUAGCGUACUGUACGUUUCGCUACAUCUUCAACUGAUGUGACCAUAUCUGGAAGAUCUUGAUCGCAUAUGAAUAGCAACAAGGAGAGCAGCGUCUUUCGAUUGGUAGAGAACGCCUGGAAGCAUUUUGACGCGUUACAAUUUAUUGGAACAAUUUUCCAAUAAUGAUCGAAUGAAACAAAACCAACGAAAGCCUGUUGAUGAGAUCGCCGUGUUGUUCAGACGUGUCUGAAGAUCCGUGCUUAAAAGACCGUGAAAAAGAAGUGCUCGCACGGGCUGAAACACCCUGCCGGUCGCAUACUGCUGCUGCCACCUCCGCCUCCCUGGAACCGGGCGUUUUGGAUCGUGCCAAUCGAGGCAUUACGCGGAAUUUUGCAUAUCCAUUACCGUCGGCGAGCCGCAAUUAGGGUUGACACCCGGGCUCGGGUAAUUGCAGCCCAAACACACGAAACCGUUUCGUACGUCAGCGUCGAUCGUCACCGUAGAAGGGAUUUAACGGUUGCGCGUGACGCCCCAACACUUCGGUGGAGGCCUCAACACCGCCCAACCCAAUGUGGUGGACGCAAACACCACCAGCACCGAGGACAAUAUCUCAAACACCGCGCACAAACGUUACCGGCCCUGUAAGCUCAGUGCCAGCAGUGCCAUGGUGCCGUCGUCUGACGUCUCAUUAGCAGGGGUUUCGGUAACGCCAAAAAGGAACCCGAUGUCGUUAAAAGCAUAAAAGGAAGUGUCUGCAGAAAGGAUAAGGGCAAACAAAAUAGGGAUAUCGAGAGAUUUUGCGAUCGUUUCAGUGUCAGUGUUAAGAGUCGGGGCGUAACGUGCGGACACAGUACACAACUGCGUGACGACAGUGGCUUUCCGGUGGCCUUGUGGUAGUCGCUUGCCAGCUAACUUACCCAGCGUGUUUAGUGCGUGUGCGUGUAGAUCGAAUCUGUUAAGCUAGUUUUGUGAUAGUGCUGUAGUGUAUUUUUUAUUAUUCCUAUCAUUUCGUUCAUCCAAUGUUUAUUGCCGCCAACAUUCAGCGUGUGGUGCCGGUAACAUCACUCUUACCCCGCUCAAACCACACAACUUCCGUGUAAAGUUGCCAUCUGACGCCUCUGGUGUCGUUGUUAUAUUGGUGGUGUGAAUCGUGCGCAUUAGUGAGAUCGUAAAAAACUGCGAUCGUUUAGAGAAGCAACAAGAGAAAAAAACGAAAGAAUCCCCCCGUUGAAAAAGGGGCAAUAAAAACCAACAUCACAACGAUUAACAACUAUUCACAAGAACACAGCACGUCAUCAUGUCCGUACGGUGGGAGUCGCCAGGAAUUGGCCGCCGGCGGCGUUCUGAUGGUAGUGUGGAUGAGUGCGAGAUUUCGAUGCUGGCCGACACGGCAGCUGCGGUAACGAACGACGAUGGAGAUCAUUCGCGCUCACGGAACGGUGGUUUUGGUGAUCGUUCCAGUAAAUUGGGAGACGAAGUGCAUCGGAUCACAUCCGGUGCGCGAUGCCCAGUGGCAAGGGUGGAUGUCGAUUUGAGUGACGAGGGUGAAACGCUGUUGGAUGCGAACGAUACCGACGAAAUAGUUGUGUUGGACGAAGCGAGUGAACGAUUGUUGGGCAAAUGGAACGGCAAUGCCAAAGUGAAGAUGUUCAAAUCCAAAAACACCUCUCCGAACGAACCGUCCCCAGUGCCCGGCCAUCCCGAUCAGGAUUGCACCGGGAUGCAUAUUACACUGAACCCCUCGUCACGGGCCACCAGCCCCAGCUCAAUGAUGGGCAAACCGAGCGCCACCCCGUCACCCACACCCUCCGCCAACCCGCCCGCAUCCUUCGGCCACAACCAAACGAGUGGCAAGAGCAUCAACAACAACAACAAGAGCAGUAGCAACAGCAAGGCAAACAGCAAACCGAGUGGCAAGGGUGGAGGCAACGAAGGUGACGGUGGCGGUACGAAAAUCCCGCCAAAGAAGCACAAAAGCUCGGAAGAGGAGAGCGACAUCAUUGGCGAACUGAUCGGGGACUAUGGCAAAUGGCAGUUCGUCAUGACGUUUUUGCUAUCCCUGUUCCAGGUGCCGAACACGUUCCACAUUUACUCGCCUACGUUUCAGGCAGCAGAUAAAAGCUUCUGGUGCCGACGGCCAACACAUCUAGACGAUGUCCCGAUCGACCGGUGGCGGAACGUGUCGGGUUCGGUGGAAAAUUGCCGGAUGCUGAAUUACGACUGGAAUGCGCUAACGAGCGCCCAGCUGUCGAUGAGCAAUUUUACGCUACCGAAGAACCUCACCGAUACGGUCGCGUGUAGCGCCUGGGAGUUUGACGUAGAUGACAACCUCGGCAACACCUGGUCCUCGGAGUGGAAUCUCGUCUGCGACAAGGAGUACCUGAAGAAUGUGGCCGAAAUGUUUUUCCUGGCGGGCGUCGCAACCGGUGGCAUCACGUCCGGCGUACUGUCCGACAAGUUUGGCCGCAAAAUGAUGCUCUUCAUCUCUGCCGUCCUGCAGUCGAUUUUUGGGCUGGCUCUUUACUUUGCCGAUUCGUUCGAGUUCUAUCUAGUGCUUCGAGCGUUACUUGGGAUCGUAUCCGUGUCGGUAACAUACGCGGGACUUAUUCUAGCGAUCGAGUACGUCGAUGGCAAAUGGCGAACGAUCGCGGGCAUGUACAAUCUGUUCCCAUUGCCCGUGUCCUAUAUUAUGAUCUCCGGCAUUGCAUAUCUGACGCAGGACUAUCGAAAUCUUCAACUAUGCAUUGGACUGCCGGGAGUGUUUCUGUGCUUAUUGUGGUUCGUCCUGCCGGAAUCACCCCGCUGGUUGCUGUGCAAAGGUCGAAUUACCGAGGUGAAGGAAGUCAUCCGUAAAGCGGCAGCCUUCAACAAACGCUCGUUACCCGACAAUUUGGACAAACUGCUAAAACCUCCGAUGGACGAGGAGGAAACGGCGGCCGGUGUGUGCGAGCUGUUCCGUUCGAAAUAUCUUCGCCUGGUGACAUUUUGCUUCCUGUGCAUUUGGUUCACGAUGAAUCUCGUUUACUAUGGUUUGGUACUGAACAUGAACAGUUUCGGUGGCAACAUUUAUCUCAACUCGGCACUUGCCGGCUUGGUGGAAAUUCCAGCGAUCGCACUGGCAAUGUACAUCAUCAACCGUACCGGGAAAAAGUGGCUUUUCUGUGCGACCUUCUUUGCUGCCGCUCUUGCCUGCCUGUGUGCUGCGAUCGUCGAAGGAAAGCCGGAGUUUUUAGCGAUGAAAAUAACGUUCGUGAUGAUCGGUAAAUUCACCAUCAGCGCCGGAAAUACCAUUAUGCCGGUGUACACGGCUGAACUAUAUCCGACCGCAAUUCGUAAUGUAGGUGUCGGUGCGUGUAACUUGGCUGCCGGAUUUGCUCUCAUUCUAACGCCGUAUUUAUCGAUGUUGACAAAAAUCGAGGACCAUCUGCUGAUGACAUUGCUAACGGCUUGGUGUAUUUUUGGCGCAAUUGUGAUCAUUUUCCUGCCGGAAGCCAUGCAGCAUCACGAACACGAGGAGCAUGAUGAGGAUAAGGAAAUCGAUACACAGACAGCUGCUUAAAGUGGGUCCAACGCAGCGAAUGGAUUCCAGCAAAAAAAAACAUUUUUCCAUGACGGCUAAACCAACAGUGGAGCUAGAGUAUCGUACAGAAAUGAUCAACGAUCAAUCAACUGCAACUGCCAUAUCUACUCCCUACAACAGUUUUGUAGCACGUGGAGCAUACUGAUUCCAAACCUCAACUCCAGUCAGUCACAUCCGAACCAACAUGGGGGUGGAACCGGUUCGGCAGUGAGGGUUCCUCAAUUUUAUUCUAAACGGUCAAUUGUAUGGGACGCUUUGAGUGGGAAAUUCCACACUUAAAGCAUAGAUGUAUAGGACGUUGGCUGCAUAGAAUCGCACAUGGUAACGCACCGUAACGUAUAGAGUCUUAACAAUUUCCUACCCCAUACCAAGCAGCGUGGUAGCAUUUAUGUUUUAAUGCAUGAACCAGUUGGGUUAAGCCUACCCAUUGUUCUUCACACACAGCAAACAAAGAUGGUUACAAUAAGCAUAAGUGUAAUAGCAGCCGUAACGUUCAAUAGGAAGCGACCAUUUCGAAAACGCUCGCGUACAUGUGCACUGGCUGGUCCAGGGGGCCAAGUAGCGAGAUCGAAUGUCGUUGUGACCGGUUCACAAAUAAGCAUAAACACUACUGCACAGCAACACGUUAUAAAAUACAGUCAUUACAACUAAACCAUGUCCAAUAGUUACUGAACCUGCAUCUACCUACCGCUAGUGUUGUACCUCUUCCACUGGAGGAAGAGGAGUUUGAUGAGAUUUUGUAUAACGUUUAGUAACAACCCACUCAACGUUGGGUCAGACCCAACCCAUCAAGAUACGGAACAUAAUUUUGUGUGUGGUAUUAGACCAUUGUAAAGUAGUACUCAUAAUAUAAAUAAUCUUGUGCAAUGGAUUGAUGGUGGUUCAAUCAUAGCAGUGCUUUAUGUGUAUUUUAAAGCUUCGAAAUGGUCGUUAGGAAAACAGGAUAACACUAAACUAAUGGUCACCAUGUUACAACCAUUCAAAAGCUCUCUUUUUCUCGUUCUGCAUCAUUGGUGUCCCCGAUGCGGUUGUUAUAUGUUCCCCGAAAAACAAUCAUCCAUCUAUUAGUAGCAUUAGCAGAACGAUCCUACGAUGGCCUAGCGCAUCUAUCCCAAACGUGGAGAGAGUGAGUCGUCUAUGUUAGCUGUACUUAAAAUGUUAAUGUGUCAUGUGUCGUGUAUGGAGUAAGUUGUGUGGCGCACAACAGAUGAUAACAGAUGUAUUGUUAUUCGUAUCACUUAGCCUACCAAAAACAAAACGAAUUGCAAAAAAGAAGAAGUGAUUGAUUAACUCAUGUUAAUCGUUUAGCUGAAGGAUGAGCAUAUAUAGAAGGUUAAUGGUUAAUAAGGAUUGUUAUGCAGAGCGUGUCGGUGGUGAUGACUGUUUGAAUCGAGAUUAUAAUACAUCUAUCAUAAAUAAGAACAUUGUAAUACAAAGGAGAAACCAUACUUCAAAAUUGGCAAGCAAAAAAGGUAAAGGACGAGGAUUGUUAUAAGAAUAUUUACCAAAUAGUUUAUAAAAACAAACUCACACACGAAUCAAGCGCGCAUUCACACAAUUCACUUCAGCAGUGCAGUAAAAGAAGAUAGCGAAUCUGUGUUGUUAUUGUGGGAGCAAUGGAAGCUUGCCAUUUUAUUUAUUUCGCUCAUUUCGUACUUAAGCAUUACUACAGCAUCAAACAAAUGCGACUAAACAGUCAUAACGGAUGGCGACGCUCUCAUGCAACCCAUUUCGGCUGGUGUCGUUUUUAAGCUAUCAAGCAACUAAGAGAGGUAUUAGAGCAUUUAGCUAGAGGCGUAGUGGAUUCACCACCACGAAAUAUGCGUGUGCGUGUGUGUCCAGAUGAGUAUUAAGAGUUUUGGGUUAAGAGCAAAAAAAAAGAAGAAAAGGAAAACGGCUGCAGAAUAAAACUAAAAGGGGCAAAAUGCUAAUGCACGCACGGUGCUAGUGUAAGUGGCUGAUCGUCAUUGUAUAUAUCCUUUCCACACACACACACACACACACACACACUACAUACCAUGAGCGGGAAUGGUGAAAGGAUAAGUGAAUACUGUAAAUGAGUGUGAACCGUCUUAACCGCUCCGAAGGCGAGUAUGAGUAGUUUCAAAUACACUAGACAUAAUAAAUGUGGUACAUUACCGUA